AUGACACUGAACGCCUCUGACCUGGGCUGGGAUGAGUCCUCAGGUGCAGACCCCUUCUUCCCUCUGGAUCGACUGGAUAGCUCACCUCCGUAUGAAGUCCCGCCCCUCACAGUGUGGGGUGUGGCCCUGUGUGUUUCAGGAACUCUCAUUGCCACUGAAAAUGCAAUAGUUGUCACCACCAUCCUGGCCACCCCAUCUCUUCGUGCCCCUGUUUUUCUGCUGCUGGCUAGCCUCGGAUUGGCCGAUCUCCUGGCGGGCGUUGCUUUGAUUUUGCACUUCCUCUUCCUGUUCUGUGUUGAGCCAAGUGAUUGGUCAGAAUUGCUGACCUCAGGACUGCUGGUGACAUCACUGAUUGCCUCGCUCUGUAGCCUGAUGGGUGUUGCUUUGGACCGAUACCUUUCUUUAAGCCACGCCCUCACCUAUGGUUCAAGCGAAUCACGUUACAGAGCCGCCAUCCUUCUGCUGCUGGUCUGGUUGGGUGCGUGUGUCAUUGGUGCGGGACCUGCAAUGGGAUGGCACUGUCUGGGAGAGCCAAACUCCUGUUCUGUAGCACGCCCUCUGACCCGGACAUACCUAUCGCUGCUGUGUGGCGGCUUCCUGGUGGUUGUCAUGGUAACCCUACAAUUGUACGCUGGGAUCUGCCGUGUGGCGAGGCGGCAUGCCCACGCCAUCGCUACCCAGAGGCACUUCCUCUCUACCAACCAAUCAUAUGCAAGCAAACACAGCAGUGGAAGGGGCUUCUCUCGAUUGAUCCUGGUCCUCAGUGUGUUUGUGGGCUGCUGGAUGCCUUUCUCCCUCUGGGGGCUGCUAGGAGACGCGUCCAGCCCUCCUCUGUACACCUACGCCACCUUGGUGCCAGCAGCAGGCAGCUCGCUGCUGAACCCAAUACUCUACAGUCUGAGAAACAAAGACAUUCGCAAGGUGCUGCUCCAGGCCUGCUGCCCGCACAGAUGCGCACACAACGCACACAUACACUACCCUGUUGAUGUGUAG